AUGGCCAAAGACCGGAAAACAGGGAGGGAAGUGCCAUGGGAUCCUACCCCCAACGAAGGCUGGAUCGACGGUUCGGUGGACAACGACUUGCCUAUGACGCGUCUGGCUGAAAUGUUCAACGUCAAUCACUUUAUCGUUUCUCAAGUCAACCCGCACGUGGUGCCUUUCCUUGCCAAAGAAGAGAACGACAUAGGUGCGGAGGUUCAGCAACAAGAUUCUGCUUUCUCUGCUGGCUCUGGCUGGAUGCACAACAUGGCCAGCUUCGCGAAAGGGGAAGCUCUGCAUCGCCUUGAAGUGCUCGCGGAGAUGGGAGUGUUUCCCAAUACUAUGAGCAAAGUCAGAUCUGUUCUGAAUCAGACAUACUCCGGCGACAUCACAAUCUUCCCCGCUAUCUCCUAUACGAACUUCCCAAAGAUCCUUAGCAAUCCAACGACCGAUUAUAUGCUGCGCUGCUUGCUCACCGGGGAGCAGGCGACCUGGCUCAAAGUGUCCAGAAUUCAAAAUCAUGUUGCCGUGGAGCUGGCCUUGGAUGAUGCAGUUAACAAGAUUCUGCCCUGCGUACAUUUCAGCAAAAGUCAAGCGGAGCUCCGGCUCCUCAGUUUCAACCGCCCAGCAUCGCAAGGCACAGAGCUGCCUUCCGCGCAUCCGCUCAGACGACACAAGAGGGAUGUCCACUCCGAGGGCCAAGGCCUUCCUCUUGCGCCAUUCACGCCAGUUACAGAAAUCCCGUCUCCUGAUCUCCACCGCCGACCCGAAUCGCGCGGAAAAGGACUUGAUUCAACUGCCUCCAAACCAUAUCUCCCUUCGCGACCAUCUAUGAGGACUGCUAGGUCUCCAGAUUUCAAUAGAGUCGCCUUUUCGACCGUCGAAGCAGUAUCAUCGACAGAUGCCGACGACUCACCCACUGACGCAGACGUCUCCGAUAAUAAUGAAUCCGACACCACCGAAAUCCUAUCCUCACCAUCACUAUCACAUUCGCCUCCACCAAGCAUCCAUGAUCUUUGGCUCUCGGCGAGCCAGGCCCACGCGCCUUACCCUUCAGUUUCACAUCCGCACACACCAGCUGCUCCGGCGGACCUUUUCAACAGUCAAUACGGCAAUCCUGAUUUGACGCCCGCCGCGCCAAGCUCUCCCGAGCUGCGCUACAAGCGGCUCUUCCAUCCACCAGCAAAGACGGGAGACGCAGAAUCAGCAUACAAGCAGGAAGUUAAGCGCACGUUGCAACCGCUAAGCAACAUCCCGAGCUUAAAACACACGGAGAGCAACCCGGAGCACCUGAAAGCUCCGACCGCCUCCCUGAAGAAGGCAGGCUCGUUGGACGAGGAUAAAGUAGCCGCGGACGACGUGCCCGUCUUCAGCCCCGUCAACUCCCGGGAAAACACGGCAAGUAGUCCUCUAAGCACACGCAAUGGUGCUAAAGAGAAGGAAGAAUCCUACUUCCAGCGGAAGAUGCGGGAGUCCCGACGGGGUAACGGGACGCCGAGAUGGGGCAGCCCGACUGAUUCUUCGGGUACGAGGGGCAUCGUUUGGAGGAAGAAGAAGAAACGGAGCGGAAGCAUGAGUGGCGAGCGUCCUGCUUGA